AUGCCUUUAUUGAAUGUUGUCAAUAUAUCAAGUUUUAACACAACAUUCUUUUCCUGUUUUGUUUUCUUGAAUGAUGAAACGGAAGCAGAUUACGAAUGGGCCUUGGCUUGCAUUUUAAGAAUUUUUAAUGGAAUGUCAUGCCCUAAUGUUAUCAUUACUGAUAGAGAAUUAGCAUUAAUAGGAGCUAUCAGUAAAGUCUUUUCCACUACUAAACAAAUCCUAUAUGCUUGGCACAUAAACAAGAAUGUUCUUGCCAAAUGUAAAUGUCAUUUUGACACAGAGGAGCAAUGGACCAAGUUCAUGAAAAUGUGGCAAACAAUCAUAGGAUCUGUUACCGAGCAAGAGUUUAUGGAUCGAUGGAAUAGGUUCAUAGAGUGCUAUAAAAAUAAACCUAAUAUACUUAAUUAUAUUCAAGAAACCUGGAUUUCUUAUAAAGAACAUUUUAUAUUCUCCUGGACAAAUUGUCACUUACACCUUAGUAAUAAGGAAACUUCAAGAGUAGAAGGCGCUCAUGCUGUUUUCAAAAAGUGCUUGCAAUCAUCCAUGGGUGAUCUCGAAUUUGUAUAUCGGAAAAUUGUGUUGCAAGUGGAAUCUCAGAUAAGAGAAAUUCGAGUAAUGAUUUCUUCUGAACGUAUGAAAAUACAUCAUACAUACCAAAUUUCCUUAUUUGAGCCUUUUUUGUGCCGUGUGUCUGUUUUUGCUUUAAAAAAAAUUUAUGAUGAAUUGAUUAAAGCAUCAGAUACGACUCAAAAUUUACCUCUACGCCCUUGUAAAAAAACUUUAAAAUCUACAAUAGGACUUCCGUGUUCACACAUCAUAAGCGAAUGUCUAGCAACUGGCCAACUGUUACAAUUAAAUGACAUCCACGAGCACUGGUGGAUUCAAGGUCGCUGUUUUGAAUUCUUAGAAGAUCCUGCAUGCCUUGCAGAUAAUAGCCAUAAUGACCUUCAGCCCUUAUUGCAAUGUCUUAUACAACAAUAUAAAUUCUGGCCCUCACACCAACAAGCAGCUGUUCGUGCUCAAAUAAAAGAAUUAGGACACACACCUUCUAUGGUGCUGAAAGAUCCAGUUACUACUAAAACAUGGGGAAGGCCGAUUGGAGCAAAAAACUGA